AUGGUCUUCAGUUUUUGUUUGGGCUCGACUGCUUGCAGUGACCUUUUUCAUGAUAUCCCGCUGUCAGAUCGCUCGCUGCCCACGCUCGUUCACUCCACGAGGUCGAGCCGUCCUUGCAUGGCGACAAAGGCGAUUCAUCUCGCCUCUCGCCCCCCGCGGAUCGUAACCCUCGCACCCCGCGCCACUCCACGCGCGUACACAGCCUCAAGGACCCUCAUCUCCCCCGCGCGCGCCGCGAUGACCUCGCCAAAGACUGAGCUCGUGUACUUCUCUGACACCUACCAGACCUCGUGCGAAGCAAAGGUCGUCAGCUGCGAGCCGGUGGAGGAUCCCGGGGACGACGGGGUCGCGCGCUUCGUCGUCGUGCUCGACAGGACAGUCGCGUACCCCGCGGGCGGCGGCCAGCCCUCGGACACCGGCCGCAUCGUCGGACCCGGGGGGGUCGCGUUCGUCGUCGCCUCGGUGGCGUCCACGAAAGACGGCACGGUGACGCAUCUGGGCGAGUUCGAGGAGGAGGGCGCCGCGCCGUUCAACGCCGACGACGAGGUAAUCGUGACCGUGGACGCGGACAAGAGGCUACUUCACGCCAGGAUACACUCCGCGGGGCACCUCCUGGACGUCGCCAUGACCAACAUCGGCUUCGGACCCGACGUCAUGGUGCCGGCAAAGGGCCUCCAUCAGCCCGACCAGGCGUACGUGGAGUACACGGGCAAGGUGGAGGGACUGGACAAGGAUAAGCUGAUGGCCGAUCUGAAAGCCGAGAUGAACAAACUCGUCAGUCUCGGGGGUGGGUCCGCGGCGGCGAUGAUGGGGUACGAUGAGGCCGCGGAGGCGUGCGGGGGGGAGCUCCCGAGCUACAUCCCCAAGGAUUCCACUCCUCGCAUCGUUACCAUCGUGCCGGACACCGCGGGAUGCCCGUGCGGCGGGACGCACGUGGCGAACGUGAAGGAGAUCGGGUCGGUGGACGUGACUGGUGUGCGGGUGAAGAAAGGGACGACGCGCGUGAGCUACACCAUCGAAGGAAUGAAGGAUCACAAGUGA